AUGGAUAAUGGGGAUGAGAAAGAACAGCCUUCUUGGAAGUCACGGUCAGCAAAAAUACAAGUACGAGAAGUAGACUUGCCGUCGUCUAUUCCUCCUCAAACUGGGUUGGCUUUCAACAUUUGGUACAACAAAUGGUCACAGGGGGGUAGUAAUAAUGCCAGAUUUGUGAACCCGUAUCGUCUGGAGCCAGAAUACCAUUCAGGAUUAACGGAAGGUGAUAGAAUUGGAGAGAAGUUCUUCUGUAUUUAUUUCAGUAAGGGAAUGUGCUGUCUGGGAAAGAAAUGCAAAUAUCUACACCAUGUACCAGAGGAAGAAGACAUCGCAAGGCUCACUACAAAAUCAGCAGUAUUGGAUUGUUUUGGUAGGGAGAAGUUUGCCGAUUAUAGGGAAGAUAUGGGUGGUGUUGGAACAUUUAACAAACAGAAUAGGACUCUUUAUAUUGGAGGCAUCUUAGGAAGUUUAAAUAAUAAGAUGCUUAAAGCUGCACAGAUUGAGAGUAGGAUACGAUUUGUGUUUAAUAAGUUGGGCAUGAUAGACCGGAUUAGAUAUGUGGAAAAUAAGAAUUGUGCAUUUGUGAAGUUUAAACAUCAAGUAAGUGCUGAGUUUGCAAAAGAAUCUAUGAGCAACCAAACUCUGCUGAUACCGAGUGAUAAGGACUGGGAUCAACGCAAAGAGGGGACAGGGCUCCUUGUUAAAUGGGCAAACGAAGACCCAAACCCUGCUGCCAAAAAAAUGGAGGAGCAGGAGCAAAAGGAAACGGCGAUGCAGCUGAUGGUCAAACUAUUGGAGGACCACGAACGGAAUAAGAAACGAAAGCUCGAAGAAGAGUCUAAAUUAUCCUCUAAGGUACAGCCGGGCAACAUUAUUUCUGGAGAACUAAUACAGCAAUUAAGGAAACGCAACAAAACAGUUGCCACUUCAAAACAUUCUGAUCACCCUCAAAGGUUGACGGAAACGGCAGUAUCACUAAAAGGUAGUUUGGUUUCAUAUUCUUCUUCGGAAGAAGAGUAG